UAUAAGCGCAGUGGACCCAAAAUUCCGUAAACGCGCAAAAUGAGAGUGUGGUGUGCGACCCUCGCCGUUGCGGUACUUGCGGUGGCAGUUGCCGCCGACCCCGACACUGGGCGCCACCUGACGGCGGCGCAGCGAAUCUACAGGAUCUUGCAGAGGGUCAACGAAAAUGACAGGAGCGAGUUCAUCAGGUACCACCUACACAAAGGGUACGAGCUGGCGCAGAAGGAGCAAAGUUCACGAUAUCCAGGGUUUAACUACGAAAUUAGCAAUAAAGACUCGCUCCUAAUUUAUGAAUAUUUUUCCACCUACAACGACGUGACUGACGACGAAGUGGCGAAAGUGGCCCGAACCGUCAUCUGCUGGAAGGACAAGUGCAUAGACUUCGCGGAUCCCGGAAUUCAUCCCUAAACUGUAUUUUAUAAAGUAUUCAAUAAACUUUUUACUUCCCUA